GGCCAGGGAAGACCCAGCAGAUAGAUGCCUUCUUGCCGGCACGAGCGCUCUUCUGGUGCUCUGACGGCUGGGGCAAAGGGAGAAGCGGAUUCUGUCCCGGCAGAUGGCACACAGCGUGGCGCCGGGCGGCAGAAGGAAGGCAGAGCACAGCCCGAUUAUGGCCUCGCCAUCGCGCUUCCACGCGGAGGACGAGGACAGCCUGAAGGGAUGCGAACUGUACGUGCAGAAGCAUGGCGUCCAGCAGGUGCUGAAGGAGUGCAUCGUGCACCUCUGCAUUGCCAAGCCGGACCGGCCGCUGCGCUUUCUCCGCGAGCACUUUGAGAAGCUGGAGAAGGAAGAAAACAGGCAGAUUCUGGCAUGGCAGAAGUCGAACUCACAGUCGGAUUCCCAUGAUGAGGAGGUGUCACCGACGCCACCAAACCCUGUGGUGAAGGUGCGGUGCCGGCGUGGGGGUGUCAGUGCUGAGGUCUACACAGAAGAGGAUGCUGUCUCCUACGUGAGGAAGGUCAUUCCCAAGGACUAUAAAACCAUGACUGCCCUGGCCAAAGCCAUCUCCAGGAAUGUCCUCUUUGCUCACCUGGAUGACAAUGAGAGGAGUGACAUAUUCGAUGCCAUGUUCCCUGUCACUCACAUCGCUGGGGAGACAGUCAUACAGCAAGGGAAUGAAGGAGAUAAUUUUUACGUGCUUGAUCAAGGAGAAGUAGACGUGUAUGUGAAUGGAGAGUGGGUGACCAGCAUCAGCGAGGGGGGCAGCUUCGGGGAGCUGGCACUCAUCUAUGGGACCCCCAGGGCUGCCACUGUGAAGGCCAAGACAGACCUUAAGCUCUGGGGCAUCGACCGUGACAGCUACCGGCGCAUUCUCAUGGGCAGCACGCUGAGGAAGCGCAAGAUGUAUGAGGAGUUUCUCAGCAAGGUCUCCAUCCUAGAGUCCCUGGAGAAGUGGGAGCGCCUGACUGUGGCGGAUGCCCUGGAGCCUGUGCAGUUUGAAGACGGAGAGAAAAUCGUGGUUCAGGGGGAGCCUGGGGAUGACUUCUACCUCAUCACGGAGGGCACGGCCUCCGUCCUCCAGCGUCGGUCCCCUAAUGAGGAGUACGUGGAGGUGGGGCGCCUUGGGCCCUCUGACUACUUCGGCGAGAUCGCACUGAUGCUGAACCGACCACGCGCAGCCACUGUGGUGGCCCGGGGCCCCCUCAAGUGCGUGAAGCUGGACCGGCCCCGCUUUGAGCGUGUGCUGGGGCCCUGCUCUGAGAUCCUCAAACGAAACAUUCAGCGUUACAAUAGCUUUAUCUCCCUCACUGUCUGAGCCUGCUCCCGCCGCCUGCGCCUGCAGGGCUCCCACGCUGCCCGCGACCUGCUCCCUAUGUCCAGGGCCUGGGAACCAUUUGGGGAUCCACUGGGUGGGGCUGGCAUCCAGCACGAGACCUCCCUCUGCUCCAGACUCAUUUUUGGAACAAAUAAUCACCUUGUGCAUUUCAAAAUCAAAGGGCAAACAACAAAAAUGCAUCCCCAGCCUAGGGACAGGAGAGCCAGCACGUCCAUGCCUCCUCGGUGGCCCUAUAGCCUUGUCUUGGCCACCUCAUCCCCUCUCCAAGUCUUAAGGGGACUCUUCUUAGCCCCCCACUUCCAGGGUGGGCCUGGGUCCUACUGGGUCCCAUCCUAUAGCUCUCUUUCCCCCAGAACCAGCAGUGUGCUGCCCUUGGGCCCUGUCAGAUUCCCUAGGUCUAGGCCCAAGUAUGCAACAGUUUGUGUUAAAUGGGGGUGUCCCACAAAUGGACACUCAGACUGAGAGGAGACAUUAACACUGAGGAAAAUAAAAAACAUUCAAGGUCCCUACCCUCCACCCCCAAACCCCAGAGAGGCUCCUGGGUACCAGAGUAGAUUCCAGCCUUCUGGCUUGGGGAUCAACUGAGUCGAGCCCCUUACCCUUACCUGUCUUGGAAAGCCUGUUUCUGGCGGGCCAGGCACACUGACCACCCCCUGGGGCGGCUGACCAAGCAUGUGGCCCCUUCCCUGGCCAGAUGCCAAGAUCAGGCAGGAAACAAAGCUGAUGAUGGGGCUUUCCAACCUGCCCGGGUCCCUGCCUCCUGCCGUCUGGGAGCCGCCGUGUCUGGUUCCCUGGCUCUACCAACCAGUCUCUUGAAGACCUGAAAGGACAGCAGGAUAGUCUGCUACUUGCUGGAAGAAACUAUGAACACUGAGACCCUUCCCCAGAUUCCUGUGUGGAGCCCGGGUCCCUAUCUUGGGAGACAGUGUGUUACAUACCCAAGUCCGCUCCACGUCCCCACAUGAGGGAGAAACGUAAGUGAGGACAGCCUAGGACCGCCACCCUUUGAACCUUCACCAGAACGGGGUGGUACUAGCCAGCCAGGCCCAAGGGGCCAUGUGAGUGAGUGCUCAGAGCUGCUUGGUGGCGCCGGUGUGACCUGCACACAAUGAGACAAGGUGACCGACCCAAUCUUACCCCCACUGCUCAUGUCCAGGGAAGAGACCCUCCUGGCUGACCCAUCAGCUCCUCCCUGUGCGGCCCUGCCACACCCUGUCCUGCCUGCACCACCGACUGUCUGUGGCUUCUGUGGACCCGCUCAGCCUGCCCCUAUUUAUGUCCCCAAGUGUUGCAUGAAGUAUUAAACGUGCAAUGAAGAACCUCAUCCCAA